AUGGAGACUCUUUCCCAGGAUUCUAUGCUGGAGUGCCAGAUCUGCUUUAAUUACUACAGCCCUCGGCGGCGGCCCAAACUCCUGGACUGCCGGCACACUUGUUGCUCGGUGUGUUUGACCCAGAUGCGCAGCAGUCAGAAGGAGAUCCGCUGUCCCUGGUGCCGCGGCGUCACCAAACUGCCCCCCGGCCUGUCCGUCUCCCAGCUUCCCGAUGACCCGGACAUCAUCACGGUCAUCGCCAUCCCUCACGCCUCGGAGCACACGCCCGUCUUCAUCCACCUCCCCAGCAACGGCUGCUACAUGCUGCCCCUGCCCGUCUCUAAGGAGCGGGCGCUGGGGCUGCCCGGGGAGCUGGGCUGCCGUUUCCUGCCCGGCGGGCAGCAGAAGGGGGUGGCGGUGGUGACCGUUCCGGAGCAGCGGCCUAUCGGGCUGGCCGUGGGCCUGGAGGCCGUGGGGCUGGAGGGAGGCGAGGGCGAGAGGAGAGUGGCCGGCCCGGCGGGGGCGGGGAAGGGCUCCACCUGGUCAGGAGUGUGCACGGUGAUCCUGGUGGCGUGCGUGCUGCUCUUCCUGCUGGGCAUCGUGCUGCACAACAUGUCCUGCAUCUCCAAACGCUUCACCGUCAUAUCCUGCGGCUGA